AUUAACACGUGGGCGUUGUCUAUCCUUAGAUAUUCCGUAGCAUUCAUUGACUGGACAAAGGAAGAGUUAAAAGAGCUUGACAGAAAGACCAGGAAAUAUCUGACAAUCUUCAGUGCUCUCCACCCGAGAGAUAUUAGGGAGUUUAAGGUAAUUCCCUUGAAAUUUUUCUACUAUCAAACUUUUUUUCAAACUUGGCAUAAUCAACAUUCAUGGUAUGAACAUUAAAAAAAUGCAAUAAAAACAUGGGUUCACCGUGCUUGUUUACGCGUCAGCAGGCUCUUAAACUGGGGCAUUUUUACUGGUUGCGCGUUGAAAAUUCGAAUCCCCUUCUUACAGAAUUAACUCUUCGUUACUUGAAACACACAAAAUUUUAUCUUGAACAUAAAGCUUCUUUUAUUCAAAUAAGCAGUAUUUCUUCAUUUAAAUCGUUUUUGAUUGCCUGGUUGUGAGGAUAUUGCACUUUUUCGGACAGUUCCGUGGUUAGCUUGAACUCCUCGCCUUGACCCAAAUACACCAAAUACGAAACUAUUUUCCCCCAAAAAAUCAUGUUCUACUAUCAAACUUUUUUUCUUCUUCAAAUAUGUUCUUUAUUAGCCUGUUCUUAGCAAAUACCUGGGAAAAGAAUCAGGUGGUCACCGUGCUUGUUUCCUCACAAACUGCUGUGAAAGGUGGAAAUGGAUUUGCGAUCGCAGUCAGGAUGGAUAAUUUGCGCGGCGGAGACUGGGGCUAGAUACAAAAUAACACUCAUCGUGUUCAAAGUAUGCACUCGAGAUCAAGCUUGUUUUCGGUUGUUUUUAUGUGUUUGAUAUCGCCAACACAGAAACUCAAACUUGAAAAGAGUACAUUAAAUACCAAGGAAUGAGGUAAGUCAAGAUUUGAUGAGAUUUUUUUUUGGACUAUUUUGUAAGCGCCGGCGUUCUGUUUAAUUCCAGUGAGCUAGGGUUCCAUUUUUUUGCUUUUGCACAAUAACGCUUCUUAAAGAAACUUGAAGAAAAGACCUAUUGAUUGCUAUUCUUCAUAUGUUCGCUUGUUUGGUUUUUAUACACAGCAAAAUGUGAAUUCAGCUGCAAACUUCGUAUUUACAUCAAAGAUUGGUCUCCCUCGUGUGGUUCUGGUGCUACGGUGGGUCUUAUUUGUUCCAGAAAUAUUUGUCUCUCCACUCUCGGAGUUUGAACAACAUAUGUACCGUAGCGAUCCCAGGCCAGAUACUAGUUCGUUAAUGCAGUUGGAGAGCCGUAGAGCUGUCCCAAAGGCUUCACAGCACCCAUAAUCCAAAGCCUCAGCCAGGAUAUUUUAAUAAUUCCACAACUCGACGGCCGCGAAGUGAAAAACCACUGCAGACUUCGGGAUCACCCACAUUUCUUUCAUUUUCUUGUUUUUCGAUAGUAAACCAGGAAGCUGUCAGCCGAUCUGCGGCAUUAUUAUUGCGAAUAAAAGCUUCAGCUCUGCAAAAGAGCCCCUUGUUUGUUCUUUUCGCGCUGGUGGGAAGAACCGCCGCCAUCUUGGAUGUGGCAAUGUUAUGCGCAGUAGAGGGUGCGCAGUGCAGAACAAGAGAAUCACCUUAAGAUACGGCGACUACGGACUACGACUACGGUUAAACAUGCUACUGCGCACGAUCAAAACCACGUGACUGUUCAUUUUUCCGGCGUAGUCCUGCGGCUACGGUGAGUUGUUGAGCUGUUUCGCGUAGUGGCUACUACGGAGAACAUUUUGCUCGCUUUUUGCCGUCUCGGUAAUUCAGGAAUCUCGUCUUUUCGUAAAAAAGUUUUUAAUUCACCUGCUUUAAGUGAGAGAGAAGCGAAAUAUGUAAGUUGUGUCUAAUUUCUUCUCAGAUUUACGCUUUUAAUUCACUGUUGUGACUACAUUUUUAUCUAGCUAAGCUCAUACGCAGAAUUCAGAUUGACGGCCGAGAAGAAGAGAAAUCAUAAAGGUAAUUUACUUUCUCUUCGCACUUGAAACGUUUCAAUGUUUGUUCGAACUGAUUAGUGUGUCUUUCUACUUGUGUAACCUUUGUUUAUGCGAGUUUUUGUAUCGCAUUUGCUGAAUGAAAAUGAUGUAAACAUCUUCGAGACAAUCGAAACUAGGCAUUUCAAUACUUCAAACUUCAUCAGAUCAGUAGUCGGAGAAGUACAUCUUCUAAAUCUAUAUAAUAAAUGAGCUAUUACUAUUUCUGUCUAUUUCUUUAAUAUUUGACAUAAGUAUUCAUGGGCGAAAAAAAAUAAACCUGUGUAACCAAAACUUUGUUCACCAAUUUCACCCGACGUAAUUGCUCCCUUCAAGUAUGGAAGAAUUUGUUCAUUGUUCUAAAGGUAAGAUCACAUGCAAAACUGACUUGCAUUUUUAUGAACUGUGAUGAAAACAAGAAAAUCUCUGCGUGUUGUUCCCCUCUCCGCCUCUUCUCUCGUAGUCUACUGUCUGUAGUGCAAAUUUAACGUUCUAUAUUUGGACGACGCAACCCAGUGCUACAAACAAAGGACAACGCUCGUCCAGCCGUAGUUAGUAGUCCGUAGUCUCCGUAUCUUAAACUCCCUAUUGUAGCGAGAUCAUACCUGCCACGGAAGCUAGGCGGAAGAGGUUUGUUUUCGGUUGAGGACUGCGUGGAGCUGGCAAGGUUAGGUUUGUUUAACGAAAUUGCAAAGAGUGAAGAGGAGCUUUUGGUCGCAGCAAGAGGGACAGAGUAUGAUGGUAUUAAAAGUACUAACGAUUUUAAUCAAGAGAAGAUAGACAACAGAGCGGAGGAGGUGCGUGGAAAGGAGCUUCAUGGGCAAUAUUUCAGACAAACAGACGGAGUGGCAAGUUAUAAGACCUGA